AUCUACUGUUAGUCUAGUAUUUAUAUCAGAGGGAAGAGUUACAGUUGAUGUAUGGUUAAAGUCGGUGUAGGAGAGGAAAUCAUGAAAAGCAAACCAAUGACAGCUGGCAUGUUGUCAUAGUUUAGCAUUGUGAGAUUUCCAUAUGGAAAAUGGAUAAUAAUGGAUUGCUACAUUAAACAAAUGUAGAGGUCGCAGACUCGCAGUUAAUCUAAGGUUGACGGAAGGUGGUUGAGACAAAGAAGCUGAGGAGGAGGAAGAGGACCACUGAAGAAGGAGAAGACACCACAGGAAAGAAACACUUUUAGGACGGUGGAGAGAGAGGGAGCAAGAGAAAGAGAGUGCCACAGCGAUUGCUAAAAACGAAGAAAAUUUUGGAUAAAAGACACAUAAUUACAAUAAAAGGAGAAUAAGAAGGAAGGUGAAGAUGAAGAGGAAGAGGAAAAAGAGGAGUCUGACUCCAGAAGAGAGAGAACCUUCACAGGAUAAAUGCUGCAAGAAGACAAAGAAGAAAGCCAAGAAUCAGAAUGUAGCACAGAAGACCAAGUACAAUAAAGAAAGUAAGAAGAGUGACACUGAGAAUAAAAAACUUAUCAGUGUAGGGAAGAAACACCCUGAAGAUGAGAAGAAGAAAAGAAAAAGGAUUAAAGAAGAUCAAGCAAAGAAGAAAAAGGAAAUGCUCUCAGAUGAGACCAGUAAACCUGAGAGCAAGAAGAGAAAGCAAGAUGAAAAAACUGAAAGCAGUAAGAAAACCGGCUUAGAAGAUCUUGAAAUUCUUCCGAGCAGCAGAAAAAGGAAGGAGCAGGACAAGAGGAAAAGACCAAGGAGCCCAGAAGAUCCGUUGGAAGGUGGAAGUGGAAGUGCACCGAAGAAAUCCCACGUGGAUGAGAAAAGGCCAGCCCCCCUGGACAUACAGAGUUACAAAUUCCACCGAGAGCUAGGAGAAGGCAUGUUUGGACAGGUGAUGUUGGCAUCAUAUACAUCAAAGAAACAACUUGUGGCAAUUAAGAAGGUGCCCAAACAACCCAGCAAGGGCAACUUUACUUGCAUCAUGAAGGAGGCCCGACUCUUGAAGAUCGCCAGAGGAUGCCCCUUUCUUUGCCAUUCUCAUGCCACAUUCCAGUCCGAGCUGCAUGCCUUCUUCGUGCUCGAAUAUGCCGGUGGAGGAACACUGUACAAAGUGAUUGAAGAUCAAGGAAGUCUACCAAUGAAGAACAUCCAGUUCUACACUGCAGAGAUGGUGAUAGCCCUACAGUACCUUCACUCCAAUGGCAUCAUCCAUCGAGAUCUGAAGCCAGAAAAUAUCUUGGUGGAUAACAACGGGCACAUCAAAAUCUGUGACUUCGGCCUCGCUGUUGAGGGAGUGUUCGGUGGAAAGAAGAUCAGCGGAUUGACAGGAACACCUGGAUACCGUGCACCGGAGGUUUUGUCAUUGGAGAAGUACAAUGCUGGAGUGGACUGGUGGUCAUUCGGUGUCAUCAUGUACGAAAUGGCCACUGGCAGACAGCCAUUUGCCCCAUCACUGGUUUCUGCACAGGAGCUGUUUGAGAUAAGGGAGAAAAAGCUUGAAUACCCACGUCACAUGAGCCAGGAAAUGCGGGACCUUCUGCCAAAGCUUCUGGAGAUGAACAAGACCAAACGUUUAGGAGCAAAUGGGAACAUCAGGGAGCACUCAUUCUAUGCCAGAGUCAACUGGAGCGAGCUGGAAAAUAGAAAAAUAAAGACACCUUUCCAGCCCAAAAUUCCACCAGCAGAUAAGUUACCAGUAAUUCAUCCAGGAUUCUGCGCUGAGACAUCUAAGAGAGCUAAAGUGGAAGGUUUCUCCGAUGUGGAUUCCAACUGGAAUUGGCAGAAGUAAAGUAUUUUCUGUGCUCAUGUGGAUUAACCUCAAACUGCCUGUACAGCAAGUGAUGACGGCAAUGUACCAUCCAUGGCCAAUUCCAUCAAUGAACAUCAGAUCUGCCAUCUACUGUCUACUGCAAGUGUACAAGUGUCUGCCCGUACAGCCAAUUAUACCAGCACCACAUGGGAUCCUUGACAGAAAGUAGAGAGAAUUCGAGUCAAAGUGGUAAGUGAAAUUAACUAAGUCCAUUAAAAUGGGAAAGACGAGAAAGGAUUACUUAUGGAAGGAGUAAUACAUGAUAGUAAACAUGUUGAGGUAUUAAUAGGGCUUUCAGAAGAUUGGGGCAACUUGCUAGUGUGUUUUGUGCCCUUAGACUCCUAGAAAUUAGUUUUUUACAUGGGAAAGGAGAGAAACAGUAUUUAUAAAGUAAUAUACAGAGUUAUGCUAUGAAUAAUGUACUCUUUUCUUUUGUAUUUUGUAGCACACAAAACAUCAUAGGAGGCCCCACCAGAAAAAAGGAAUAGCUGCACGCCGGACUUUCUGAAUGGAGAAAUCCAACAGACCCUUGGAUAAGGGUAAAAAUGUAUACUGAACAUACAGCGCACUUAUGGAAACCCAGUGCACUGUUAAGUAACACCGUUCAGUAUACUUCAGUUUCUUUAUAUAGGGUAAGUUAAGUGGGGUAAGUAUGGCAUUAAGUAAGUUUUCUUCCUUUUCCAACUUCCCUCCCAUUCUUUUACUGUUUUUUAUAGAUAGGAUGUUAUAUAGGAAUAGAAAUAUUACUCUAACCUUGUUUUUCACCUUUAAUAUAAGU